AAACAACGCAAUAAAUGCGUCGCGGAACGACAAUCAUAAAAGUCGACUCAAAUUUAUGAUAAGGUAAUAUAAGAUUAAAAAAAAAACAUCUUUAUCAUGGUGGAGAACAGCACGGUGCCCGGUUUGGCUCAUCUGAAAGUGAGGGAGGAUUACAAAAAAACCUCGGCAGGUUUUCUCGAGGCUAGAAGAAAAGUGGACGGUGCGGAAGGACUGUGGAGAAUCAACAACAGUCUGUACGAUCUGCAGGCGUUCGUGAAAUCGCAUCCCGGAGGUGCGGAAUGGAUCAAUUUGACGAGGGGAACCGACAUCACUGAAUUAUUUGAGAGUCAUCACGUCACGGACAAUGCCGAGCAGCUGUUGCCGAAAUUUUACGUUCGCGAGGCGGCAACUUCGCGAUCGAUGCCUCUGACUUUUCUUCCGGAUGGAUUUUAUCGUACGUUAAAAAAGCGUGCGGUAGAGGCACUAAAGAACGUCGACUUCCAUCGGUCGUCCUCGACGUCAAAUCUCAUUGCCGACUCCUUGACGGCCAUGACCAUCAUGCUAGCUUUAACGGGCGCCUUUAUCCAUUCCUAUGGUCUCGUUUUUCUCGCCGGCAUUUCCUUAACGUGGACGGUGAUCGCGGCGCACAAUUUCUUUCACAUGAGGAGCAACUUCCGUAUGUACUAUUUCGACCUGUGCCUGAUGUCCUCGAAAGGAUGGCGCAUCACGCAUGUGAUGAGUCACCACAUGUACCCCAACACUCUAUGGGACUACGAGAUGUACGCGGUCGAGCCGUUUCUACAUUGGAUUCCUCACAAAAAUAAAUCUUAUAUCGUAGGAUUGAUAAGAAUUGCCAUCACUCCUAUCAUCUGGACGUUGAUGUAUUUCCUUCAAGGCAUACAGCGAUAUUAUUCCGUAUUUAUGGAAUACGGUGUCUUCGAAAUCCGCGAUAUUAUGCCUUUCCUGUUGCCCCUUACGAUGUGUCUGUUCGCGCCUGAAAUUCUCAUCGCGUUGAAACUGUGGCUGGCGAUGAUACUGAUCAGUAGUUUCCUAUUCGGCUUGAUCAGCUUCAAUUCGGCUCAUCAUCACCCGGACAUCUUCCAUGACGGCGAUAUCUACAGGGACGACAUGGACUGGGGUCUGCUCGAAGUGGACGCCGUGCGCGAUCGCAAGGUGAUUGACGACUCGACCUUUCUGACGCUCACGAACUUCGGCUAUCACACGUUGCACCACCUGCUACCCAGCGUGGACCAUCAUUACCUUCCGCUAUGCAUGCCCGCGUUCCUGCAGACGUGCAAGGAAUUCAAACUCAGCAACGAUAGCUUCACGCAGUGGGAGCUCAUCAAGGGCCAAUUCCAGCAGCUCAUGCGAGUCACGCCGAAGAAGAAUCACAGAUAACGUUUUACGUUAUAAAAUAUCAAAAGUUGGAUUAAUGAAAAAAUGUAA